AUGCCUUCGCCGGCCGAAAUCACCGCUCCCUUCAUCGAAGACGAAGACUUGUCGGCCUAUAUCAACGAGUAUGCGUACGAUGAUGAAGGAAAUCCAAUCAGCAGUUCCACUUGCGGCUGGAAAAUGACUGCGCGUGGCGCAAAAGCACGAGAACAGGCAUACCUGGAAAUCCUGAGGGAGUCGCCCCCCAUGGAACAACUUCCUGCUGAAUACGAUGCAGAGCUCAGGCCGGAUACAGAUGCUGUCCUUGCCUUUGGUCUCGGUAUCAGUUUCGAUCAGCUGUUGCGAUAUGUCCACAAGAGGAACAUCCGUACUCCUUGGAAGCCCUACCGUCGAAUCACUCAACCUCUCGUUGCUUUUAACGAGAUCUCCAAGAGGCUCAAGAAAGCGAUCCCCGGCUUACAGUUGUUCUACCGCCGACCUGCCUCUGUCGAAUAUGACAGGGUUCUGGCUCUGUACUCGAACCAUUCAAUGGGGAGACUUCAAUAUGAGGAAGAAGAUGAACAGCGUGUAAUCGAGUAUAUCAAGAAGGAGCUAGAGAUUGACUCUCCGCCAUUGUGGUUCUGGGACAUGGACGAGGAGGACACAUUCUGA